AUGGAUAGCACCAUUUCCCUCUCCGCUGCGUCUGACAGGUCGGAUACCCUGCUGGCGCGUUUGCACGACGUUUACACACGGCAGAAACGCAAGAUCGCCGUGCAGAAGCGCAAGCAGGUGGAUGUCGAACUGCAAGCAGCCGCGGCGCACUGUAGCGACCAGCCCGUGAGUCUCGAACUUCUCUCUGACGGUACGGCGGCCCUCUUCAACGAGCUGGAGGCGUUGCUGGAAUCCCGCAAUGGGCAGUCGAGCGCUUCUAGUCGAGGGGUGACACUGCUGCAGCACAUUCGACAACAAGCGAACCGGGAGCUGCGCGAGUCUCUUUCGUUCAUUGAGGAGGGCUACACAUCUGGGUUCGAAAAAAUUCUCCGUGAAUGCCGAUUUGAGGAACGUAAAGCAUCGCUUCCUAAGGCGGUCGCGUCCUCUUUGACCACAGCAACCGUGCUGAAUGAUGUGCAGCACUCGAAGGCGUCGGCGGGGGCAUCAUCGACGGCGACUUUAGCAGCGCCUUCUCAUCUUCCUGUGGCGGAGACGCUCUCAGCGUCCAUCAGCUUUAUGGCAGAAUCUUUGGCAGUACUGCUGCAAUGCGAGGUGGUGCGAGUGUACCUGUACGACAUUCACGCCCACCUACAGUGUGUUGCGCAGUUUCCCUACCGUGCUCAACGUGCCGACCCCAUGCAGUCAAGCUAUCUCGCCAUGAUGGCAGUGCGCGAGGUUCACCACAUUGUGUGCCAAGAGCGCUUGGUUAUCAACGGCUGGCUCAGCAAAUCACACGACGCAAACGAAGAUAGUGACACCGCUGCUGCACGCAGCGUCGUAAGUAGCACUACAACCAGCGGGCUCGAGGACAUUCACACCUGUCUGCUGCUUCCUAUCUUCUCUCCGCAAGGGGCAGGAAAGCCGUACGGCAUGGUGCACGCCGCCAACAAACAGUGUCCUACUGCCCUCGGAGUCACGACCAACGACUCGGCGGAAGUCACGCGCGUCGGCUUCACUGCAGAGGACGAGAUGCUGGCAUCAAGCGUUGCUCGCGUUCUCGGGACCCUCCUAAGCCGCUACCAAGUGGAGUCCUUCGCCGCAGGCAUCGGCGAGAAACUGCGUCGCAGCGCGUUUCCUGGCGACGCCGAGGUGCUAAGCCUUACAGCACAUCUCCCGCCCACUCUGCGGGAUGAAGUUCAGGAGGCUGCGGAGGUUGCGCAGCUGGCAUUGUCCCACCUCACCCCGAUCCUUGUGCAUCGCGUACCCAUGAAUGCUAUUUACGAGACUCGCACCGCGGCAGGAGAGGGACGGCGGCGUAAGCUCGCCCUGCUCGGACCUCGCGAAGGCGCCAUCUCAUCCGUUGAGUUCAAUCUGCGCUGCAUGAACGAGCUGUGGGAGAGCAGCCGAGAUGAUAACGUGACGCUACACAAGCAAUACCGCGGCUUGGAAGAGCAGGUUCAUCGCAUGCGGCUACUCUUGCGUAACCUGCUCGACGGGGUGGCUGCCGCACGCGCGAUGCCGCUUAGCCCUAACGUGGCGUUGUUUCUGCAAAACCUUGAGAUGUAUGGCCGAAGCGAACGGACAGAGCGCAUGGCGGCGUACGUGUCAGAACAGAUGCUAGCUAUCCCGGCUAUCUCCGUACGCGGACUUAGUGCCGUGGAUACUCACGCGGAGGUUCCCCAAUCGGAGUCGGACACCAGUACGACACACGGCCACAUGAAAGACAGCGAGCUGCAGGCGCUGCGCAACCGCCACGCUUGCCUCAACACAGUGACACCCGCGUCGCUGCACUUUGACGGGCCCAGCGGCGUCCGCGCGUACACUUCCGACCCAGCACAGAAGCGAGAGCAGGUGCGCUUCAUUGACGAGCUCUGCCGUCUUGCCGAGGAAAAGAAUCCGUUGCUGCCACCAGCGCCCCGUGGAGAUGCUCGUCGGCAAGCGGUGCCACGGGGACUUCCUGCUGUUACUCACGCGACGGCAGCGAGACACCCUAAACCCGUGGUGAAGCCGGAGCCGUAUCCAUUCGUGCGUCCUUUCAAGAUGUGA